GGAACAUCGACAAAAACAAGCAUGAAGCCGGCACCCCGCCCAACCGGAAAUUCGGGCGAAAUUUGGGUCUUCGGGUUGGGUUGGGGUGGUUUGGUAGGAGUCAGGUCAGGCGUUCGAUUCGACGGAGCCGAUCGUCUUCAGUUUCGGAGAGGGCCUCAAUGACAAAAGGGCUUUCAUGAACAUCUCCAGAUCGAACCAAGCCCCACAGCAGUUCGAUGCACCUGGCGAGGGAGGGAUCUUGGGGAUGGGCUCCAAUGCAAUCGUGCACAGGGUCGAGCUGAGGCCUACGUCAUCCAAGGAUGGAGCUUAUGAUCCGAUGGAAGGCUCCAAAAUGCAACACUUGGAUGCAGCUGUGAAGCGGUCGUUCACUUUGAGUAAAAUGGUGGCAUCGCUAGAGAGCAAAUCGGAAGCAGGGAUGGCUAAGCGACUGCGACUGGCAAACUCGCUGAAUAAGCACGGUCGAGUCCUUUAUUUCUACGGGCUCGGCGUGGCUCUGUCGUCCAAUAGCAGAAAUCACGAGGAAUACAAGUUUGAGGCAGUCUUGCUGUCGCGCCAUCAGGAGGAGUUCUCCUCCUACACUAUGAAAAAGUUCAUGGCUGACUACACUACACCGCCGCAUUGUGUCCCAGUGGAAGUACAAGGCGCAGCUCAAAAGAUGCACGCUGACUUUUCACUGAUGAAGGUGAAAGAGUUGCUUGUGAGCUUGUUGAGUGCAUUCCGUGACUUAACACUCAUGGGAGUGCAGGCUUUCGAUUUCAAUCAUUUGAACAAUGUCCUGAUUUCUCGUGACUACAGAAUGGUCCGGCUCAUAGAUAUUGACGGAAAUUCCAAGGGCUCGAUACAAGUACCUUGGGGGGGUGCAGCAGGUAAGCCAGAUCGUCCACUUGCACAGCCUGCUCUUGACGUUGACUUGCACACGGUCCUCCCCGUAGUAGUGCAGCAGCUGAUCUUGGGCAAGGGACGCGGGGUUAGUUUCGUCGGCGACAUUGUCAGACAAAUCUGGCAGGCGAGGUCGGACGAGGACGCCAAAGGCAUCAUCAAAGCUGUGAUUCUGCAGAACUUCUACCCAACCACCACGCCAGGUACCGAGGAUAAGAUUGAGAAGCACGUCUUCAAAGUGACGGAGUGGUUCCAUGCGCUGCUCAAGAAGCACUUUCCUUGGAGCGAUUGGACCAACGACAUCUACGAUGCGAUGCGCUGCAUCGACCACCUGCCUAUCACAUAGGUGCAGGCCGCCGGGGAGAGGGCCCAGCGCCGAUCCGAUGCAUGCGCGCGGACCUCCGAAUUGUUAUUGCUGUGUCAUUGUCUGUCCCCCUGGAUGGGGUUCCCUUCUUGAGCGCGGGGGCGUGGCAAGCGAGUCGCAUGCCCCGACGCGGACGUCCUCCAGUGGGAGCCGGGGCCACGGAGAGCGAGCAGAGCGAGCGCGGGAGGCCAGAGGGGGCGCGAGCAGAGGCGGACGAACUGCGAGAACCAAAAGCAGCUCCCGGGAGCCCGUCGUUUCACCGGGAGUCGGGGCUGAAGAGGCGGGGGUCCAUGCAGACGGGGGUCAGCCAGAGCGCCGGAUCUUGCAGGAGCCUGCAGGGCCAGGGUCGCACAGGCCCAGGCUUGGGCACAGGAUCCCGCAGGAUGUUGCAGGAUCUUUCGCAUCGGCCCGGGCUUGGGUGCAGGACCUUGCAGGAGUCAGUGAGGCCUGACUGACCCGGAUCUGGAGUGACCCCGGUCAGAAAAUCUCCGAGUGAGCAUGUCUCUUUGGCCAAGCGCCAAACAGUGAGCGCCAUUCCUUCAGCGACUCCCACUUCCGCC